AUGGCGGAACCAAAUCCAACUGAUACUCCGACUCUCUCCGCUGUUCCCUCUGCGGUCGCAUCAGCGGCAGCAACACCUCAAUCAUGGCCACCCAUGGAUCCUGAAGAACGCGAAAAGUCCCUACAUGUGUCUCUUGCCGACCUAACCGCAAAAGCGAAUGCGCUCUACGCUCAAAAGAAAUAUGAGGAAGCUGCCGAAGUGUUCUCUCAAGCUACUGAGAUGCAAGCUGAGAUCAAUGGCGAGAUGGCCCCGGAAAACGCCGACAUCCUAUUCCUCUACGGUCGCAGCCUUUUCAAGGUCGGACAAAGCAAAAGCGACGUUCUAGGCGGCAAGCCGGGUGGAGAUAAGAAAUCCAACGGCGCCGCUGAGAAGAAGCCGAAAACGAAGAAGUUGCAAGCUGAGUCCUCAACUAUUAAUGCGAUUCCCGAAGAGGACGAGAAGACCGAGGCUGAGAAGGUCGCUGAGGAAGGAGUAGCUAUUGUCGCAAAUGACGCAGCUGGUAGUGAGAAGGCUACUGAUGCUAAGAAGCCGCUCUUCCAAUUCACGGGCGACGAGAACUUUGAAGAUUCGGACGAGGAAGAAGAGGCCGAAGAAGGUGAAGGCGAAGAUGAAGAGGAUGAUGAUCUUGCAGUCGCAUUCGAGAUUCUCGAUCUAGCGCGAUUACUCUUCGAGAAGUCGCUAGAACAGGACGACCAAGACACUUCAGAUGGAAAGGGCAAGGAGAAGGCUGAAGAGGAUAGUCCCGCUAUCAAGCACAUCAAGGAGCGACUUGCCGACACACAUGAUCUUCUAGCUGAAAUUUCCCUAGAGAACGAGAAGUAUCCUCUUGCAAUUAAUGAUUGCCGCGCCUCACUGAAGUACAAGGAGGGACUCUACCCUAAGGACUCCGAAAUCAUCGCUGAAGCGCACUUCAAGCUAUCAUUAGCGCUCGAAUUCGCGUCUGUCACCACCUCAGCCGAAGAUGGCUCUGAAGAAGCAGCUGGCGCAGGACCGAAACCUGUAGACGAGAACCUACGAAAAGAAGCCGCCGUCGAAUUGGAGAAAGCGAUCGACAGCACAAAACUCAAGCUCGAGGCCAAGGAAGUCGAUCUCGCGAUGCUACACGCGCCCGAGGAUAACGACCUUACGAGGAAGCAGAUUGCCGAAGUCAAGGAGUUGAUCGCGGACAUGGAGCAACGGCUCGUGGAACUGAAGAAACCCCCUAUGGAUGUGAACUCAGUUCUCGCAGAAGACGACGCCAUGUUAGGUAUUCUAGGCGCAGCGCUCGGUGAAUCGGCCCCAAAUAAGGAUGCGAGGAUCGAGGAAGCCAAGAAGAAGGCCAAGGAUGUGUCUGGCCUUGUGCGCAAGAAGGCCAAGGACGAGCCAAAGCCAGAAGCUGAACAGGCGUCUAAGGAGACGAAUGGAAAGCGAAAGGCUGAGGACCCGGCUCCGGGAGAUGAAGAUGCUAAGAAGACGAAGGUCGAAUCCUAA